AUGGGUGGAUGUUUCUCCUCUCAAACCGAUUGCAGUACCAGUUCGAAUCACCAAAAACAGUGCGCAAAUUUGGUGACGCUCGCCGGAGAGCUGCGGCAGUAUCCGAUUCCGGCGACGGUGUCGCAGGUGUUGGACUACGAAGGAUGUUCGCCGGAUUCCUUCUUCGUUUGCAGCUCCGACGGUUUGGAUUUCGACGAUUUCAUUCCGUCGCUGGAUUUGGACGCCGAAUUGGAACCGGCGCAGAUCUACUUUCUCCUCCCGGCUUCGAAGCUUAAGCAUCGGCUAGUAGCCUCCGAUAUGGCUGCCUUAGUCGUGAAGGCUGACAUCGCGCUCAACGCCGCCAAUUCGAGUCGCCGGCGAACAAGUAAAGCUCGGAUUUCCCCUGUUUUGGUGAAUGUGGAAGAUCAGAGUUCCAAUCAACCCAUCACCGUCAACGUAGAAAAAGCUAGCAAAGGAUCAACGGCUGGAAAUUCUCGAUCUCGUUCCACGAGGAAGUUGCAUAGAUUUGCUUCCCGACGGUCGAAACUGGCGAGAUUGUCCUUCAAAAUGAGGCUUACAACGAUUAAUGAAGGUACUGUGCUUCUCGAUUGA